UUUAGGCUAAAGAAAGGCCCUCAAAAUAGUCAAUAUCCACACCGCCGUUGCUUUGACCUCCAUUUAUACACUCUCAGGUAGAAUACAAGGCCCCGUUCAAACUCCUCCACAAUCAUUCUCUCCUCUCUCGUUCCUUAUUUUCCCCCCGAGAAUCGACUGUCAAGAACAUCCGAUCCGCACAUAACAUCCACGAGACGAUGCCGAAAGCUUCGGUCACGGAGAUUGGCGAAUCGAGCGGUGUCUCGCCGGACGCUCACUUGAGCAUGGACUGCUGUUCCUCCCCCGAGGUCGUCUCCCUCGCCCAGAAGGUGAUUGCCGAGGUGGUCGGGACGUACUUCGUGAUGUUUGCAGGGUGCGGGUCGGUGGUGGUGAACAAGAUAUACGGGUCGGUCUCGUUUCCCGGGAUCUGCGUGGUCUGGGGGUUGAUCGUGAUGGUCAUGAUCUAUUCGGUGGGUCAUAUCUCGGGUGCCCAUUUCAACCCUGCGGUCACCGUCACUUUUGCCUUCUUCAGACAUUUCCCUUACAAGCAGGUUCCUUUGUACAUUGCGGCACAACUGCUGGGAUCGAUUCUUGCGAGCGGCACGCUUUACCUACUCUUUGAUGUGGACACCCAAUCAUUCUUCGGGACCGUGCCGACGGGUUCCCAUGUCCGGUCCCUGGUGAUCGAGAUCAUCAUAUCCUUCCUGUUGAUGUUCGUCGUAUCCGGAGUCGCGACGGAUAAUAGAUCGACCGGCGAACUGGCGGGAAUCGCGAUCGGGAUGACGAUCAUGCUUAACGUGUUCGUCGCCGGGCCGGUUUCCGGGGCAUCCAUGAACCCGGCGAGGAGCAUCGGGCCGGCCAUCACGAUGCACGUCUACAAGGGGCUCUGGGUGUACGUGGUCGGGCCGUUCGCCGGCACCAUCUUGGGUGGCUUCGCGUAUAAUCUGAUCAGGUCAACCGAUAAGUCCCUCGGGGAGUUGACCAAGAGCGGGUCUUUUCUGAAGAGCAAGUCAGAAGUGUAAAUAUUUUGGAAAUAGGAUCCAUUGCCGAAGGCUCGUCUUUAUGCUGCAUAUAUAUAGAACAGAAUGAAAAUAUAGAGUACCUUUGUUUUGGGGGGGGUUGAAUUUUCUUGGAUUUUUUUUUUUGUGGCGGAGAGAAUUGAUGCCCCAGCAACUUAUCUUGUCGGUAUGUUA